UUGAAGUUUAAUUUAUUUUAAAAACAAACUGUUUUUUCAACAUUCGCUCAAAGGAAUUUGGUCCUGUGUGAAAAAUAAAUAAAUAAAUAGUUAUUUUAAAAUAACAAAAGUAAAAAAAUUUAUAUAAUUCUGCAAAACAUAAUCUAGGAAUCGCACUUAAAAAAUACGAAAUUCAUAAAAAUUGACGUAAAAAAUUUAUAACCGGUGUUUGGUUACGAAGCUGGUUGUUGAUGUGCUAAAUGUCAUUUUCUGUAAAAUUAUGAAUGAAGUUGACGAAAAUGAAAUCAAUGAGGCCUUCCAAGAGCCGAAGAAAAAGUUCUGGCAGAGAUCAUCGAGAAAAAGGACCAAGAGCGAUGUGAUCAGUGUGAGUUCCAUGGACAUAUCACUGGAUUCGACGAUUGCUAAAAGAAAAAAACGACGAAGGAUCACUGAGCUGGCUAGUAGUUUUCUAGCAGCAUCAACUACUGGUAGACUGAGUAAUGUUCUGCAACGUUCGUUUGGAUUUCAUAGCAAUACUUCUGUAGGAAUGAUUGAUGAAGAUGGUGAAUCAGGACCUAGUAAAAGGACACGAAGUAAAUGUGAGCAAGCAGGAAAUGUCAGAAUUAAUAGCUGGGUAACAGAUAUAUCAACGUAUUCACCGGAGACACUGAAUUCAAAUCUAUCUAGAAAUGACAUUAAAAAGCAGGAAGCUAUUUAUGAAUUAUAUUGCGGGGAAAAUGUUCUGUUAAAUGAUCUUCAGGAGCUCAAAGAAUCGUAUUUAGAGCCUUUGCAAUCUACUGAUAUCUUUACGCCCAGUGAACUCCGUACUUUGUUUGGAGAUCUUGAUAUGCUUAUUCACGUACACAGUAAACUGCGUGAUGAUUUAAUAGAAUUAAGAGACUCCCGGGGAUUUACCAGCACGAUUGGGCCAACGAUACUCGAGUGGUUGUCAACGUUAACGGAGCCCUACGUCGAGCGGUGCAGGACCCAGAUAAUGGCGAGGCAUCUGUUGGAGACGAAGCGAAUGCGGAGUAAAAAGUUUCAGGAAUUUAUUAAGAAAAAAAUGGAAUCACCGCGUGCGGUUGAUUUGUGGACGUAUUUGGACGUGGCGCGAUCGCGUAUUGUCAAGUAUCCGCUUUUGAUAAACGAAAUUUUGAGACGUACGCCGCCGACACAUGAAGAUUAUCUGAUGCUGAAAGAAGCCAGUGUUAUUUUUUCAGAGAUGUUGGAAAAAAUAGACCAGGCAAUGGGUGACGCUGAGUGUGAUCUUGCGCGAAUGAAAAUAAUAUUUAAGACUGAGUAUGAUUCCGAGGGUUUAAUUAAAUCCGCGAAAGAGUUAAUUACUGAAGGGCAGCUCAAAGAUCCACGUGGACUGAAGCUUCAUUGUUUUUUAUUUGACACUUGUUUUGCUGUCACUCGUCCAAUUAUCAAGUCGCGGUUGAAAAAUUAUGAUCUCUAUUACCCUGUCAUUGCGAAAGAUCAAUUCUUGAUAGCAGACGCUGCAAGUGAUGGUGAUAAUGAUGAUAGUAGGUUAAAAAUAGCUGACCGUAUUUUAAUUGUACGAGAUGAACAUGACAAGAAACAUUGGAUCGAUGCUUUCAAAAAGGCAAAACGUCUUACUAAAAAAGUAAGUAAAAAGUCUAUUGACAGUGAAGAUAAACCUUCAGAGGAAUCUGCUUCCAGAGUAUUACGUGACAAACAAUUUCCUAAAAGAACAACUCGAGAACGUCCGAUUUAGGACAAUUUAAAAAUGAACAUUUAAAAAUCUUCCAGUAAAUUAUUAAUUAAAAUAAAAUUGGUGCCUAUUUAAUAUAUACAAACU